AUGAAAGUAAGAUUAAAUGAAAAAAUAAAAGAAAAUACAUAUUAUGAAUAUGCUAAUAAACAUAAUACCUAUAAUAUUGAUGAUGUAGUAGAUAUAAUAAAAGUAAAUCCAUUUUAUAAAAAAUAUGGUGAUUCAUGUUAUGUGGAAAAAUGUAAUUAUUUUGAUAUAAAUAAUAAUAAUCUUGAACAAAAAUUUUUAGGAAUAUUAAAAAAGGAAAAGAAAUAUUUAAAAAAUAUAUUACAAAAAUAUAAUAGAGAAGAAAAAGGGAAGGAAAAAUGUGAAAAUGAAAAAGAUGAAAAGGGUUUAAUGUAUGUAUAUAAAUUUUGCCAUAAUAUUCUAGAAAACAAAGAAGAUAUUAACAAAUCAAAAGGGUAUAUUAUUAUAAAUAAAAAUAACAUUAUUAAAAAAAUAUAUAUAUAUGAAUUAGGUGAAUUACUUACAGAAAUCAUAUACAUAACAUUAACAAAAGAUGAUAUAGAAAACGGUUUAUUAAUUUUAUUGGGAGAAAAAUACUUAGAUUUCAUAAUUAAUAUUAUUAAAAAUAAAGAAGAUAUAAGGAAAGAUAUGAAAUUAUUAAGUAAACAAGUAGAUAUAAAAGAAAAUACUUUGGUGGCUAAUUUUUUUAUAACUAAUAAAUUAUCAAAGAAAGUAAAAAACCAAAGUGCUUUAAAUAAAAAGGAAAAUAUUACAAAAAUAAUAGAUUACUUUUUAUAUUCUUUAAAAGAAAGCUGUCUUGAAGAAGUUAAAAAAAUUUACAUACCUAAUGAAGAUGAUAAAUUGGAGGAAAUCAAUGUUCCGAAGAAUACUAUAUAUACUUAUUCAGAUAAUUUUACAAAAGUAAAAAUUAAUAGAUUAGAAAAUUUACAGUUUGAUAAGAAGGAUUUAGUAUCAGUAAAUAUAUUACCUUUUUGGUGUAAGUAUAUUUUUGAUUUUGAAUAUUUUAAUUAUAUUCAAUCAAAAGUUUUUAAGGCAGCAUUUCAAACUAAUAAAAAUUUAUUAGUUUGUGCUCCAACUGGAUGUGGUAAAACUAAUAUAGCUUUAUUGGUCAUAUUGCAACAAAUUAUAUUAUUCUGUGAACAAAAUAAUAUUAAUUUAAAUAAAAUUGUAAAAUCCUACUUACUUAAAAAUAAUAUUAAUUAUCAAGAGAACAAAGAAGAAAAAAAUGAAGAACAAGAAAGAACAAAAAAAAAUAAGGAAAAUUAUGAUAAUCAAAAAAAUGAAAAAAAUAACAUGAGUGAUUCAUUUAAAAAAGAUGAUAAAUGUGAAGAUGAUAAGGAUAGCCGAGAUGAUUACAGUACUAUAAGUGAUAAAAGUAAAAAAUUUUUUGAGGAUAAUAUUUCUUCACAUAGUUACUCCGAUAGUACAUCCUUUAGUAAUUUAGAUAAUAAAGAAAUCAAAAUAAAUUCUAAAGAGUUUAAAAUAAUUUAUAUUGCACCCAUGAAAUCAUUGGUAUUUGAAAUAACCAAUUUAUUUCAAACAAAAUUAAAAAUAUUUAAUUUAAAUGUUUGUGAAUAUACAAAAGAGUAUUCUUUGUCAUCAAAAGAAUUAGAACAAGUGCAUAUAAUUAUUACAGUUCCUGAAAAGUUGGAUAUACUUUUAAGAAAUAGUAGUUACUCAACUACUGUAUCUGAUGAAUCAUUAAUUAAAUAUAUCAAAUGUUUAAUACUUGAUGAGGUUCACUUAUUAAAUACAGAUAGAGGAGAUGUAAUUGAAACGAUUGUUGCUCGUUUUUUACGAUAUUCAGAGACUUCUCAGUCAGUUAGGAGAAUAAUGAGUAUGUCUGCUACUUUACCUAAUUAUGAAGAUGUGCGUGAUUUUUUAAAAGUAGAAAAUGAUAUGUGUUUUUAUUUUAGUGAAAGAUAUAGAUCUAUACAAUUAGAUAAAACCUUAUAUGGGAUACAUGAAAAAAAUAACCAUAAAUUAUAUACCACAAAAAAUGUUUUUACUUAUAAUGAAAUUAUGAAUAGUCUUAAAAAAGAUAAACAGUGCAUCAUUUUUGUUUGUUCAAGAAAUGAAACUAACAAAACUAUAGAAUUUUUAAUUAGUCAUGCUUUAAAAAAUAAUGAAAUAGAUUAUUUUACUAAUAAUUUGUAUAUAGAUAACAAUAUAGAUAAGAGCAUUAAAAAAUCAAGUAAUUCUUAUAUUAAAGAAUUUUUUACUUAUGGUUGUAGUGUUCAUCAUGCUGGAAUGUCUAGAUCAGAUAAAAUAUUAGUAGAAAAUUUAUUUAAAAAAAAAGCAAUCAAUAUUUUAUGUUGCACAUCUACAUUAGCAUGGGGUGUUAAUUUGCCUGUUCAUACAGUCAUUAUAAAAGGCACUAAUUAUUUUUCUUCAGAAAGUGGUAAGGUAGAAGAUUUAGACAUUUUAGAUAUUAAUCAAAUAUUUGGAAGGUGUGGUAGACCUCAAUAUGAAAAUCAUGGAAAUGCUAUUUUAAUAACUGAAAGAACUAAAUUAUAUAAAUACAUUAAGUUAUUAACAAAUAAUACAAUUAUUGAGUCAAAUUUUUUAAAAAACAUAGAAAACCAUUUAAAUGCAGAAAUCAGCAUAGGAACGGCAAAAAAUGUAGAAGAUGGUAUAAAAUGGUUAGAAUAUACUUACUUAUAUGUUCGUAUGAAAAAAAAUCCUUAUAUUUACGACGCAGAUAUAAACAAUGAUAUUAAUUUAUAUAACAAAAGAAAAGAAAUAAUCUUAAAAGCAGUUAAUAAUUUAAGUGAAAACAAAUUAGUUAGAAGAGUUCUUUUAACUAAUGAUUUUAUAGGGACAUUUUAUGGGAAAAUUGCAGCAAAAUACUAUGUAGAUUAUAGAACUAUAGGAAUAUUUGCAGAAAAUAUUAAUAACAAUGAUUAUGUAGAAAUUAUUGAAGUUAUAAGUAAAGCAAAGGAAUUUGAAAAUAUACAAAUAAGAAAUGAAGAUAUGAAAGAUUUUUUAUAUUUAAAACAAAAAUGUGAUAUUAAAGAAGAUUAUGAUGAAUCUAAAUUUAUGACGUUACGCAUAUUGAUAGAAAUAUAUUUAAGAAGAUUGCAAAUAAAUAAUUUUUCUAUAAUGUGUGAAAUCAAUUAUAUUAUACAAAAUAUCAUUAGAAUAUUAUAUGCCUAUUAUGAAAUAUGUCUAAAUAUUUUAAAAAAUAUAUCUAAUUUAAUAAUUAACACACAUAAUCUUAUACUUGCUAUAUUAAGAAGACUUCCAAUUAAUUGUGGUAUAUUCAGACAUUUUUGCUAUAAAAAUGAAUUAAUAGAUAAAAAAAGGAAAUAUAUCUCAAAUCAUGAACAAUCGAAUAAUUCUCAAAAUAAAGAUGAUUAUUUAAAUAAAAUUAUUGAUAAAAGUUCUCAAAUAAAUUUAUUAGAUAUCAAAGAUGAUUAUGCACAUUCAGGAUAUAAAAGAAAUCAAAAUUACACCAUAUAUUUAAAAGAAGCAGCAGUAAAUAUAUUAGAAAAAAAAAACUUAACUUAUGAAUCUAUAGAAAAUCUAAGUAGAAGUGAAUUAUUUUUUUUUGUAAGGAACGAAGUAUAUACUAAUCAAAUAUUAUAUUAUAAGAACAUUAUACCCAAUUUAUUAAUAGAUGGAUACAUUCAACCAAUAACUCAAACAAUUAUGAAAAUUAAUUUAAAUGUCCAAUUAAAAAAUACUAUAUGGUCAGAUCAGUGGAAUGAUGUAAAAGAAGAUUUUCAUCUUUUUUUAUUAAAUACAUUGAAUGAUGAUAUAUUAUACUUUCAGAAAUUCUCUAUUCAUAAAAAAGACAGAAAAAAAAUACAUGAUAUAUCUUUUGAGUUUCCAUUAUCAAAUCAAAUUCCUCCUCAAAUAACAGUUCAAUUUUUAUCAAUGAAUUGGUGUAAUUUAUCAUAUGUUCAUAUAUUUAAUACAAAUAAUUUAUUCAUUAAUCAAAAAAUAAAUAUAUUUUCAGAAAUAUUGUCAGUUGUUCCAUUGUCUACACAAGUUUUAAAAAUCCCUAAUUAUAUCAAAUUUUUUUCUUUUAAAUAUUUUAAUCCUAUACAAACUCAAAUGUUUCAUGCCACAUUUCAUACAGAUGAAAAUAUUUUAUUAGGUGCACCAACAGGAAGUGGUAAAACGGUAAUUGGUGAGUUGUGCAUAUUAAGAAAUUUAUUAAAUUAUGAAAAUGAAAAAUCUGUAUAUGUAUGUCCUAUGAAGGCUAUUGUAAAUGAACGAUUUAAGAAUUGGAAAAGUAAAUUUAAACUUUUAUUUAAUAAAAAUGUAAUUGAAUUAACAGGUGAUAAAAAUGAAAAUAAAGAAAGUAUAGCAAGUAGUAAUAUAAUAAUUUGCACACCAGAAAAAUUAGAUGUUAUAUCUAGAAACUGGAAACAUAAAAAAUAUGUAAAAAAUAUCAAUUUAAUAAUAUUUGAUGAAAUACAUUUGUUAGGGCAAGAAAAUAGAGGAGGAGUUAUUGAAAUAUUAGUGAAUAGAUUUAAAAAUAUGCAGAAUGAUUUAAAAAAAAAAAUAAGAUUAAUUGGAUUAACAACCGUUAUAACAAGUGUUGAUGAUUUAAUAUUAUGGCUAGAUGUAAAGGAAAAUUAUCUGUUUAAUUUUCCAUCAUCUUGUCGUAUAGUACCUUGUAAAACACAUGUUUUAGGUUUUACACAAAAAGCUUAUUGUAAUAGAAUGUCGGUAAUGAAUAAAAAUGUUUUUGAUUCUAUUAAUCAAUAUGCACAAUCUAAAAAUGUUCUAAUUUUUGUUUCAUCAAGAAGACAAACAAGACUUACAGCUUAUGAUAUUAUUUCUUUGAAUUUAAGUAGUCAUAACUUAAAUUUUUUACAUGUUGAAAAUUUAUUAAAUGACAAAAAUCAUAUUAAUUUUUUAUUAAACAAAAAUAAUAAAAAUGAAAAAAAAAGUAAAAUUCAUAAGAAUGACAAAAAGAAAAUUUUAAACUAUAAAGAAGGUAAGUAUAAUCAUAUUACCGUUAAUGAAAAUAUUCUGAACGGAAACUCAUUUGAUAAUAAUGUUCUUGAUAUUAAAUAUAAAGAUAUAGAUAUUUUUGAUUAUAAUACCUUGUUAGAUAAAAAUUUAUCAGAACAAGAUAAAACGGAUAUUGGAGGUUUAUUAUUUCAAAAUUAUUUAAAUGUGAUAGAAGACAAGCAUUUAAAAGAACUUUUAAAAUAUGGAAUAGGGAUUCAUCACGCUGGAUUAAAUGAAAAUGAUAAAAGUAUUGUAGAAUACUUUUUUUUAAAUAAAAUUAUACAAAUAUUAAUAUGCACAUCUACUUUGGCAUGGGGGAUUAAUUUACCAGCAUAUUUAGUUAUUAUUAAAGGAAAUGAAUAUUACGAUGCUAAAACAAAAAAAUAUAAAGAUAUUUCUUAUACAGAUUUAUUACAGAUGAUUGGAAGAGCAGGAAGGCCUCAAUUUGAUGAUAAGGCAUUAGCUAUUUUAUUAGUUCAAGAAAAAAAAAAAAACGCAAUAAAGAAUUUUUUAUAUCAUCCGAUGAAUAUAGAAUCAAAUAUAUUAGAAAACUUGAACGAGUUUAUUAAUGCAGAAAUAUGUUCAAACGUUAUUAAUAAUAAAGAAGAUAUGUUUAAUUACUUAACUAAAUCUUACUACUUUAAAAGAUUAUUUUCUAAUCCUUCUUAUUAUAUAAAAGAUAUACAGUAUGUUCAAUUAUAUGAAAAUAACAAAUUAUCCUCUCAAGCGAAAAAAACAAUAUAUGAUCAUUUAAAUCAAAUUAUAGAUAACACUAUUAAUUUCUUAGUAGAAAAUAAUUGUAUAAAUGUAAUACAAGAAGAUUAUGAUUCCAAAUAUUAUUCUACUCCAUUAGGUCAUAUAGCAUCUAUGUAUUAUAUUAAAUGUGAAACUGCUUAUUUUUUUUAUAAAUCUAUAGAACGUUCUUGCAAUAUAAAUUCAGAAAAAAAUAGUAUUAAUGAUGCAACAGAUACAGAAAAUUCAAAUACUCCUCAAUGUUGUAUUAGUGAAAAUAAUCUCCCAAAUGUAAUGGAAAUAAAUGAUGAAGAAAAAGGGAUCAAAGAAGAUGAAAUAAAAUUUGUUAAUAAGAAGAAUGACAAAUGUAAUUUAAAAAAAGUUUUAGAUUUUUAUGAUUUAUUUGAAUUGAUUGCACAGGCAAAAGAAUUCAAAGAUAUUCCAUUAAGACACAAUGAAGAAAAAUACAAUGUUAAAUUACGAAAUCAAAUCCCUUUAGAUAUUGAUAUGAAUAUGCCUAAUAUAAAAACAUAUCUUUUAUUACUUUCCUGCUUAUAUGAAUGUUCUUUUGAAUCAGUUGAUUACAAUAUAGAUUUAAAAUUAGUACUUGAUCAAAUUGCUAGAGUAAUAAAUGGUUUCAUUGAUAUUUGCUUAUUAUUUCAUAAAUAUAGUUAUAUAAAAAAUAUAAUUUUAAUUUUUCAAUGUAUUAAUCAAAAAAUUAUUCCUACAAAAAACUCAUUAUAUACUAUUAAGAAUAUAAAUGAAUAUCAGAUAAAAAAAUUGAGAGAAUUAAAUAUAUAUAAUAUAAAAGAACUAAUUAAAUUUGAUAAAGAAUUUAUAUAUUCAAUGAAUAUUUUUGAUAAAAAUCAAUUAGAUUAUAUUUUACAAAUACCAGUAUUUAAUGUUAAUAUAAAAUUAUAUGACAAAAAUACUGAGGAAAAAGAUAAAAAAUAUUUGUCUAAUAUACAAUUUAUGACCUAUAUUAAAAAUGAAAAUAAAUUUUGUUAUAAAAUGAAUUAUUAUGAAUCAAAUAAAAUUGUCAUUAAGAUUUUUUUUAAUUUUUUUAAAAAAGUAGAAAAAAAUAUAAAUUCAGGUUCUUCAUCUAUUGGAAAUAUACAAUGGUAUGUUAUUCUUCAUGAUACUAUACAAGAUGAAGCAAUUUCAAUUAAAAGGGUUAACAAUAUUUCUUUAAAAAAAUUGUCAAACGUUUUCUUCAUUUUAGAAGAUAUUGAAAAAGGAACAUAUCAUUUCACUAUUUACAUUCAUAAUGAUACAUAUUAUGGAAUUGAUGAUGAAGUAUACUUAGAGCUUUCUGUUGAAUAA